AUGAAAAUCUUGUUGUGCUUAACAUCAUUUAUUCUUUCAUGUUAUUUUGUCGAAAGUGUGCAACCAUAUUUUCCACCUCAGAUUGUGUUUUCUCCAGAUAAUGGUCAAACAAUAGUUGCAAUUGAUGAAAUUAAUCAACGAGCUUAUAAAACACUCACUUAUGGUGCUACAGGACGAGAAACAUCCUACGCUUUGAAAAAAUUUCCUUAUGCAGUUCCUGAUACACCUGAAUCAGAAUAUUAUGUUCAAUUACUAACAGAUUCUGACCCUUCCGGUUGCAUGUAUGGCACAUAUUGGAAAUUUGGAGGAAAUGUAUUUAAUAUAUUUCCUGCUCAUUGGUUGUCUAAUCGCACUUCAUUUGAAAUAAAAAGCUAUAUCAACUUUAAUUAUGAAAUGAAAUAUUCAAAUGAUUCAUCAAGUAAUGAAGAUUAUUGGUUUGCAAAUACAACAUGUCAAAUUUAUAAUGGAAAUUUUUAUCCAUGUCAAGAAAUUUAUUUUCAAAAAAAUACACAAAUUCCUCUUCGAUCAACUCGAAUUGUUCGUCGAGGUUGGGAUAUUGUCCAAGAAACCACAUCGUAUAAAGUUAUAUCAAUGGGAAAACCAGAUGAUAAAUAUUUUGAUUCAAUACCAAAAGAUUGGUAUUUAACUUGUCGAGAUGUUAUGCUUGGAUUUCUUUAUUAUCCACAAACAUCAAAGAUAGAUUUGAAUCAAAGUGCAAAAGUAGAAAUUUCGCUUAUUACUCCACCACAUCGAAUCAAUGGAAAUGAUACUGUUAGUAUUCAAUGGAAAUCAAAAGAUUGUCCCGAUUGUUUCACAUUUUCACCAGAACAAUUAUCUUUUAAUGCUAAAAAUUUUCAAGAAAAACAAACAUUAACAAUAACGCGUGUUAAAAAUGGUUCGCAAACAGUUCUUAUUCCGAUUUCUAAUGGUGGAGAUGAAGACUAUUGGUAUACAAAUGUAACAUGUACAGUAGAUAGUGGAGAAAUUUAUCCAUGUAAAGAAAUUUAUUUUAAAAAGAAUACUGAUAUACCUAUUCGAUUAACUGAAGUUCGACAUGUAGCAUGGAGUGUCAUUCAAGUCAUAACAAAUUUAACAAUAAUAACAAUUGGAAAACCAGAUGAUAAAUAUUUUGAUUCAAUACCUAAAAAUUGGUCUAUCGCUUGUCGUGAUAUUAAUCUUGGUCUUACAUACAAUCCAACAUCAGCAAAAAUUGAUUUAAAUCAAAGUGUAAAAAUUCAAGUAUGGCUUUCAACUCCUCCACAUCGAAUCAAUGGAAACGAUACUGUUCGUAUUCAAUGGAUAUCAAAAGAUUGUCCCGAUUGUUUUACAUUUUCACCCGAGCAAUUAUAUUUUAAUAGUCAAAAUUUUCAAGAAAAACAAAUAUUAACAAUUACUCGUGUUAAAAAAGGACUAUUAAUUUCAAUGAUUGUUCCAGUUUUUUAUGGAGGUGGUUUCGAUCUUGUUACACCUUCAAGUUGUCCGUUAUAUAUUCAAUAA